CUAAUCGCCACGAAUUCUCCGAGUCGUAACUAUUCCAAUUAAUAUUUCGGAUCCCUGCAGUACUCUUGUCUUAUCUUCUGUCGUCCAUUGGUAUCAUUCUCGGUCAUACCGACUUUCCGUAGGCGAUAUUUGGUUGCACAAGACCUGUCAAGUGUCGGGGUCGAAUCUGCAGGGUUUACUAUAUUUUCUAGCCCUUAGCCCCAGGAGUUGAUUAACAGGUAGUCGUGCUACUGGACAGCCUGGUCAAGAUUCGUGGAGAGGGGAGGGGGCAUGGUUCUCGAUCUACAAAAUGGCCCUCCCUUUGUCUCUUCACCACGAUGAAGAUCGUUCCAUUCUUCUAUCCGACUCCGAAGACGACGACUUGCUCCCUGCACCUCGUAAAGUACGCGAGCCGACGACACCCGCGUCUAGGGAUAGUGAGGAGGCCAUGCGCCAGAAGACCAAAGAUGCAGCUGCCAACAUCCCAACCCACCCAAUACCCGCCAUGCAGCCAGCCUUCUCCGAGUCUCUAAUCGAGGCUACCAAUAGUCCUGCCCUAUCGAAACCGAAGCUUAGAUUUGCCACAGCGAGGGAACGUAGAAACUACUUGCUGGACGGGGCUAAGGGAGAGGGGCUACAUAGCGAGCUAUGGCGAUACCGACCAGGUCAAAAAUAUCACGAGCUCUGGAAGCUCAUGGCUCAAAUAUCAUUCGGCGUACACUUACUACUCAAUGGGAUCGCGAAUAGUAACGAGCAGGUGGUUAAUAUCCUCCAAGGUCACAUCGACGAGGUAGACGAGUUUCUAGAGACGAUAUUAGAAGAUGUCGAACUCGCGAUACAUGAUAUUCGAGAUCGUAUCGACCAUCUGAAGCUGCCGAUGCAGAAUAUCGAGACCUUUGAGCAAAUGCUGGAGGAUCGUAGUUUUCGGUUGCAGAUAGUAACUGGGAACGAAAAGAUCGAGCAUAUAAUCUCUCGGACUACAACGGCCCUGGAAGUGAUAGUUGCGGAUAUCGGCGAGGGACAGGGUGCCACGAAAGAGUUUGCAUCGUAUCUCAGCGAUCAGCAGGACGGGGUGUGGCAACAGCAGCGUCCAGAGGUUGGGGAUAUUUUCGACGCCAUGAGAGGGAACGCCCAAGGCUGGUACAAAGCCUUUCUCGAAUUGCAGCGUACAACGUCGAAUUUACGCGCCCUGCUCAACAAGCUCGACAGGAUAGUAUCAGAAAUGAACUAUCGCGCUGGUGAAGUAAGCCGGAGAACAAGGGCAAGUGUUGUUCCGUUCUCUAGCCCGAUAGACCAGCCUCUGCCGAAGAGUAACUCGCGAAAUUCAUCGAUGCGAUCGUCUGAUAGAUGGCCACCGAAACUUGAGCUCUCCAAUAGCACGUCUCAAAGAUCCGUAGCGGGUUCAACCGGAACCAGGGAGACGCUCAUGGUGGUCCAGUACAACGCCCCGAUAGAACCAAUGUCUCCAGUGGAGUUAGAGGCGGACACCGUUCCAAGAAUGGCUAUAACCAUCGAAGAGGACUCAGAACCUGCUGAGGAGGAAGAGGAGGAAGAGGAGGAAGAGGAGGAAAAGGAGGAAAAGAAGGACGAGCCGCCGGCGGAUGAAGGCCUCUACAUUCUACAGCCACGAACGUAUACUCCACAACCGCCCGCACCAAUACCUUCGCCAAGAGUCCAAGAUUCGUCGUUCGAAGAUCUUCCACUCCCAAUAGAGGACCUUGAAAUCGAAGACCUUGAAAUUCAAGGCCCUACAAUAGAAGACCCUCCAAUACAAGAUCCCCCAAUCGCGAUGCCAGAGGAGCAGCCGAAGAGAACAUCUUUGCGGCAGAGGCUGUCUCUAAAAGGAAGCAGCCUGCCAGAAGCUAUUCAGGUUCCCUCUCGUAACAUGCCUGAGCUCCAGAGGCCCACGUACCUGGACGCACAAUACCAGUCUCCGGGAUACCUACCCUCGCGCACCUACCAAGGCCCAGAUUCUGCCUAUGGCUCUGACAGCGAGGCACGGCAGCCAGUCCGUUCGAUGACGGAAUUUGGAGGUGUGCUACCACCGCCAGGUUUUCCGGCGCCAGCGUUACCUUCUCCGAGUUCGGACAGACAGCACUACUUCCCAGUACGAGCAAGUCCUCACUCGCCUCUGCAGCAGAGACCGUGGACGUCCGGCACGCACAUGCAUGCAGGCCAUUUACGAAAUCAGCCUUCGGCAAUGGGAAUGAGCAUGCUAAGUAACGUGACAACGCUCAACCCGGAAAAUCAGAAGGCGGUAAAAAAGAAGCGUAGUGCAUUUGGGUGGCUGAAGAAGGCAUUCUCACUCGAUGACGAAGAGCGUGCAGAAUUCGAGGCAAGGAGAGCACAGCAAGCUCCUAAUCCAUAUUAUGAAAGCCGAAGCCCUCAGUACUUGGACGGCAAGCGUGUACCAGACUAUAGGCGUCGACAAUAAUCCGAUCGAGGGGGAACGCGGCGGUGUCGCAGGAACCUUGAAUUGUUAUUCUCCGACUCGGAGGAUGUUUUCGAUGGGGCCUUGGGGGUUAAUAAGUGGUCAUCGAUUGAUCUGCGAUCUGAUCGGCAAGCAC